AAUGUCUGUCACAACUGUCAUAUAACUAAAAUGAAUUAACUGCAUGGUGUGGAAGUAAAUUUGUGUUGAAGUUGAAAAGUCUCCUUGUAAGGCGACAGAUGUCCAAAGCAAUGUUAAUUGGGCCUACAAGGUAAAAUGUGUGUGUCAUAAAAUAGGAAUUUCUAAAAGUGAAAUUUAAGAGAGAAUAUGUUGGAGGAAACUGGGAAUCCCAAGGUUCUAGGCUUUGUAACCAGGAGAGAUGUAUCGCUAAGCUAAACAGAGCUAUGUGGGAGGUUCCCCUACUUUUGAGAAAUUUACAACAGCUUAAUGUAGUAAAAGUGUACAAGGACAUAUUUUUUACUGCCCAUGGGUUAUAGAGAGGAGAGAUUUUUGCUUGUUUUACAUAUAUCAGUUGCAAUUGAAGAGAAGACUUAAGCUGUUGCUGUUUAACUGAUUCUUCUUGAAUGAACUAUUUUGGCUAGUGUGGCUAUGCCUCUUUUUAUAUUUCUGCUUCUUAAACACAGGUUGGAAAAUAAUAUUCUGUUGUGCAACAGAACAUAUUACCUUAUGACACUGACCCUCAAAGUAUGCUGUUGAUGGCAUUCAGCAUGGAAGGUGGUUGCAAACUCAGAUGAACUCAGGGCAUAAUGGAAUGACUGAAACGGAGGAGGUGCCUGGGUGUGUAGGGCAGUAGGAAAUGGGGAGAAUUGAGGCUACAGGAGUUAAUAUUCCUCCAUCAGGACAGCUGCUGCUCAGCCCCAGCAUAUUAUGGCCGUGUGGGAAUGAGAUGCAGCAACUCCCACAGGCUGUCCAGCUGAUUGAAAAAGCCAGCAUGAUGUAUCUGGAAAAUGGCACCCCCGACACAGCAGCCAUGGCCUUGGAGCGAGCUGGAAAGCUUAUAGAAAAUGUAAAUCCAGAAAAGGCAGUACAGUUAUACCAACAGACAGCUAAUGUGUUUGAAAAUGAGGAACGUUUACGACAGGCAGUUGAAUUACUAGGAAAAGCCUCCAGACUGCUAGUACGAGGACGCAGGUUUGAUGAGGCGGCACUCUCUAUUCAGAAAGAAAAAAAUAUUUAUAAGGAAAUUGAGAAUUACCCAACUUGUUAUAAGAAAACAAUUGCUCAAGUCUUAGUUCACCUUCACAGAAAUGACUACGUGGCUGCGGAAAGAUGUGUCAGGGAGAGCUACAGCAUUCCAGGGUUCAAUGGGAGUGAAGACUGUGCUGCCCUGGAACAGCUGCUGGAGGGCUAUGACCAGCAAGACCAAGAUCAAGUGUCAGAGGUCUGCAACUCGCCCCUCUUCAAGUACAUGGACAAUGAUUAUGCUAAGCUGGGCCUGACUUUGGUGGUCCCAGGAGGAGGAAUCAAGAAGAAAGCCGCAGCAACACCGGAGGCCAAGCCUGAAGGCACCACUGCCCCUGCUGCCGAGGAGGAAGAUGAAUAUGCGGGAGGGCUGUGCUAGGCUUCGCCGAAGGGAACAUCCUCAUACGCCUUCAUGGACGUGGAACUUGUCUAAGGGUACCCACAUUUCAUUGCAGUCAUGGCUUUGAAUGCUAAUAAAGGUGAAUUUUGUUUACCACUUCCUCAAAUCACCCAUUGUACCUGCUACAUGUGAAGCACUUUUUUCUUUCUAAAUACACCAGAAGCAAUUAACAGGAGAAAGUAGUGUCACAUUUUAAUAGUUGAUUUUAAAGUUUGCAAGCCAAAUUCUAAGACAAAUUAUGUUCUAAGCAAAACAAAAGAACCAAUAGGCAUAGAUAUUCUUUUUCUUGUAAUUUAUUGUUAGAGACUUUUCUUUGCAUUUUUUUUUAAACAAUUGCUGCUAAAAUUGAAGUUUACUAAUUAAACAAAAUAAUAUUUUAAACAUUUGUUUUGUUAUAUUUUGCAAAGGAAAUUUAUCCCUCGUAAUAUUAGCUACAUUUAAAUUAUUAAGAUGAGAGAUUGGAACAGGAAGCUAUUUUGAUCUUUACAAUAUUAUUUAGUCCAAUAAAGGAUGCAUUUAAAAUCUUCUAUGUAAAUUCAAAAGUUCCUAAAGUAGCACAUGAAAGUAAUUCUGUAAAUGUCUUCAGUUCUCUGUGAAAUAUGGGUAUUUGUCCCAUCAAAAAAUCUACGUAGUGACUGUCUCCAAACCCACUUGAUUCUUGACUAAAUGAGAACUAACCUGGACCUUUUUAUGGAUUCUAACAAAGAAAUAAUGUUUCUAUCAACUUAUAUAUAUAUAUAUUUUUUUUUUU